UCUCUCCCCUAUAAAAGGGACUAACAUGGUUGUGUAGAAGAGGUAUCAUUAGUAGUAGAAAGUAGUGGUGAUGAUGAUAGAGAUAGGAGUGGUGGUGGUGGUGGCCAUUGUAGUAGUAGUAUUAAUGGUUAUGAAGAAUGUGAAUUGGUGGCUGUAUGAAUCCAAAUUGGGGGAAAAGCAGUACUCUCUGCCACCAGGUGACAUGGGAUGGCCCUUCAUUGGCAAUAUGUGGUCCUUCCUCAGAGCUUUCAAGUCCUCUGAUCCUGAUUCCUUCCUCUCCGCUUUUGUCUCCAGAUUUGGAAAAACUGGAAUGUACAAGGCCUUGAUGUUUGGGAACCCAAGUGUGAUUGUGACAACACCAGAAACAUGCAAAAGGGUGUUAACAGAUGAUGAAAAAUUCAAACCAGGUUGGCCUAGAUCAACCAUUGAGCUUGUUGGCAAGAAGUCAUUCAUUUCGAUGGCGUAUGAAGAACACAAGCGCCUCCGGCGCCUCACAUCUUCGUCCAUCAAUGGCAUGGAGGCGCUGUCGCUUUACUUGACAUACAUUGAAAAAAAUGUGAUAAGUUCUUUGGAGAAAUGGACCAAAAUGGGACAAAUUGAGUUCUUAACUGAGAUAAGGAAGCUUACAUUUAAGAUCAUAAUGCAUAUUUUCCUAAGCAAUGAAAGUGAACCUAUUAUGGAAGCAUUGGAAAGGGAAUACACUGCUCUUAACUAUGGAGUUAGAGCCAUGAAGAUUAAUAUUCCUGGAUUUGCAUACCAUAAAGCAUUCAAGGCUAGAAAAAAUCUGUUGUCUGUAUUUCAAUCUAUUGUGGAUGAGAGAAGGAAAUUAAGGAAGGAAUGUUCACCUAUGAAAGCCAAGGAUAUGAUGGAUUCUCUGCUAGAUGUUGAAGAUGACAAUGGAAGAAAGUUGAGUGAUGAAGAAAUCAUUGAUGUCAUGCUGAUGUACUUGAAUGCUGGCCAUGAAUCUUCAGGACAUAUUACUAUGUGGGCAACCUAUUUCCUCCAAAAGCACCCUGAAUAUUUCCAAAAGGCUAAGGAAGAGCAAGAGGAAAUCGUAAGGAGAAGACCUUCUACACAAAAAGGGUUAACACUGAGGGAAAUUAGACAGAUGGAUUUUCUCUACAAGGUGAUUGAUGAAACAAUGCGUGUGAUUACAUUCUCACUGGUGGUUUUUAGGGAGGCGAAAUCCGAUGUCGUUAUGAAUGGUUACACCAUUCCAAAAGGUUGGAAAGCUCUUGUGUGGUUCAGAUCAGUUCAUCUUGAUCCUGAGAUAUAUCCUAAUCCAAAGGAAUUUAAUCCCCACAGAUGGGAUAAUAAUGAACAUAAGGCUGGAGAAUUCCUUCCCUUUGGAGCAGGAAGUAGACUCUGUCCUGGGAAUGAUCUUGCUAAGAUGGAAAUAGCAGUUUUUCUUCACCAUUUCCUUCUUAAUUACCAAUUUGAACAGCUUAAUCCUAAAUGCCCUGUGAGAUACCUACCUCAUACAAGGCCAAUGGACAAUUGCUUGGGAAGGUUAAAGAAAUGUUCAACAUCAACCUAAAAUGGAAGAACAUAGAAUGCAUGUGACAUGACCAUGGCUAUUUGUAGUGUGAAAAUUCAUCUUCAUGUUUGCCCUCAGAUAAAUCCACAAGUCCAAAACUACUUUGAGCUGAGAUAUCAUAGUAGAAGGAGGGAGGAGAAUUUCACAAUCUACACACAUGUAAGAAAUAAGAAAAUUUAUGAAAGUUCCAUCUAUCAUCAUCAUUUAUGCACUAGUUAGUAAUAUAUGUGGUCCAUCUAGGUGACUGCAAAUGUUCUGAAAAAAUGGACACAUGUAAUUUUAGUUUCACUAGCUACUCAUAGAAAGGAAUUGAGUAUAGUUUCUUUCUAUGGUUCUCA